UCUUUAAUAAAUAAGUAACAAACACCCCCUAGAAAAAUGAAUUUUUCCAAAAACCUUACUUCAUUUUUAUGUUUCUUUUUUGCAACACUAGCCCUAGCCCAAAUGUGCCAUGCACAAAAUUCACCACAAGACUAUGUUAAUGCCCACAAUGAUGCUAGGGCUGCCGUGGGUGUUGGAAACAUACAAUGGGAUGAUCAAGUGGCAGCCUUUGCCCAACAAUAUGCUGACCAAAGGAAGGGUGAUUGUGUCCUCCAACAUUCCGGUGGCGGCGGGCGCUACGGAGAGAACCUCGCUGGAGGUAGUGGUCCUGGUCUUGUCUUGACAGCCACAACUGCAGUACAGAUGUGGGUUGCUGAGAAGGCUGAUUAUGACUACAAUUCCAAUACUUGUGCUUCUGGCAAAGUGUGUGGACAUUAUACUCAGGUGGUUUGGCGUGAUUCAGUUCGUCUUGGAUGUGCUAGGGUUCAAUGUGACAAUGGAGGAAUUUUCGUCACUUGCAACUAUGAUCCACCAGGCAACUUUGUCGGCCAAAAACCUUAUUAAACAUGCCCUUUUCACACUUUUCAUGGAGUUUCUUAAAAAUUGUAUGAUGAAGCUUACUAAAGUAUUUGGUAAUAUUCACUUAAUAGAUUCCUAUCAAAAAAUUAUUUACUUAAUAGAUGGAUUAUAGGUCUACGUGGAAUAAAUCUUAUAUUCCUAUACAUGCAGGUUUUGCUUGUUUAGAGAAAUCAAAUAAAUAAAUUGAAAUCAAUUUUACAUAUUGAUGAUUCCUGUUA